AACACAUUGCCUGAGACAAAUUAGAAACAAACAUUAUGUAAUGCAUUUGUAAACUUGGCAAACAGAACAUUACAUACAGUAGUUGACUAUAGGAGCCAGGACGUGUGCGCACAACAACUACAGAUUUUUUAAAGUUUCUUUUUAAAUUGAAAUAGACAUUAUAUUACAGUAAGUCAUAACACACAUUUUAUCUCAAAUAAUCAAGAAUGAAAAAAGAAACAUCUUAUUUGUCAAAGCUCUUUAUUUUACAGUAUAUGCCGCCUUUGCACUGCUAAAUAAACAUCGGGUGAUUUAGUGGUCUCACCUCAAGCUCUGAUUGGUGGACUGAACACAGAAGGGAUCUAUUGAGCCCCGCUAGAGGAAUUUCGGGUCUUCAUGUUACUCUGACCCCUCAUUACUCUCAUCUAUACCCCUCUCUAAUCCUUCUCUCCACAUCUGAAAACCUAGUCAAGUAAAGUUUGUUUGUGGAUAUUCUGCAGUAUGAAUUGGAGGACGAUGCAACUUACAUUUCUUAUUUCUUUUUUGAUCAUUCAGUAUGCAGGCAUGUGUCAAAAGGUUGAAGCAAACCCACAGACAAAAGCUGAGAAGAGAUCAAACACCAACCCUAAAGCUGGGAAGGGGAAAGAUCUUGCUCCUAAAGCUAAAGUGAAAAGCAGCCCUCGGACUUCUACAACAGAUCAGACACAUCUUACGCAGGUGGUAAACAAGGGAAAGUUUCAGAAAGUUGGAGACACGCUGACCGUCCAAGCAGGUGAUACUUUAGAGAUGAGAUGUAAAGGAAAUCCUGUCCAAUGGACGAUUCCUGGAUAUCUACAAGAGGAUGAUGAAGGACGACUCAAGAUGAUUCAACAUGAACGUUAUGGCACACUGACUUUGACAAAUACAACAGGAGCAGACACAGGAGAUUACAUCUGCUAUCCAAUGUACUGUGAGGAUAAAGACUGCAGAAAAGAUUAUGACAAAGCCAUCAAAGUCUUCAUCUUUUUCCCUGAUCCUCAGGAGUUGUUUGUACCUUCCUCUAAUUAUUAUGAGAUCAUUCAGCUUCGCACAAACUGGCCCACCGCUCUGCCCUGUCAGGUGACGUCCCCGCUGGCAAAGGUAACCCUGCACCGAGAGUUUCCUCCAGCCGAGAUAAAGGUGGAUGGAAAGGAAAUCUCAUUUGACGUCAAGAAGGGCUUUACCAUACACAGACCCAAACAAUAUCACGCCGGAUCUCUUUACUGCGUAGCCAGCCUCGGAAACCUUCGCCAGAGCUCAACCAAAUACAUGCUGAUCUAUGUCCACUAUCCAACGGCCCCUCCGUCUCCUGUGAUUCAAACCUCCAGUGAUAGUGUGACAGUAGGACAGAAUCUUCAGGUGACGUGCACGGUAGUGGGAGAACAGGACGUGUUGGUGGAUUUUAACUGGGAAUAUCCUGGACAGAAGAUUGGGCGUCCGCUGUACACCCAGGACACUGUACAGACGGUGCAGGUGGACGGGCAGAACCGACAGCGCUCUCAGACGCUGCUGCUGGUAGAUGACAUCAGACAGGUUGAUCAGGGCACAUACACCUGUACAGCACAGAACCUGGAAGGGUCCAAAUCUGCAUCCACAUCUGUUAAAGUGCAGUCUGCAGGCAACACCGCCAGGCCCAAAAAACCAUGAGUGAAAUUCAUCCUACAGAUAUCACAACAUUUGUGUUUGUAACAUGCCUGCCCAAUAUUUUCAGUCAUAAAAUCCUCUUUUAAAUAAACCACAAUAAUAAUUCUCCAAAUAAAGCAUUUAGAAGAAAUAUAUUUGCCAUUACAUUUGUAAGAAUAUAAUGCAUAAUGACAUAAAAUGAAAAUAUGAUAAAGGCAUGAAGCUUGGCGAGAGAGCAAGAAAGAAAGAGAGAGAGAGAGAGAGAGAGAGAGAGAGAGAGAGAGAGAGAGAGAGAGAGAGAGAGAGAGAGAGAGAGAGAGAGAGAGAGAACUCUCUUUACUAAAGCUAAACAAUAUUUACACAUUUCAAAUCAUCCAGCAGUGCAAAUAAAACACAAGCUAGUAAUGCCAGCUUCUGUUUUUUCUAUUUUCUACAGCAAUUCAAACAUAUUUUCUGAUUGCACUAUAAACUGAAGCAGCUACACAUGUAAACUGAAACAACAUUAUGCAUUUUUCAUCAGAUUUAAAGGUGUUCUCUCGUAAACACUAUGGGGCAGUUUUCCGGACAGAUCUUAUAUAGUGCCAGAUUAAAAUGCAUGUAUAAGCUGCCUUCAUUUAAAAACAUCUUGCAUGGAUGUAUCUUUACAUAUAUCAGUGUUAUUGUUUUGUCUCAAUAUGCACAGCAGUAAUGUUUGUUUUUUUUGUAAGGUAUGUUUGUAAAACUACUUAAUUUCCUAAUAUAAAUAAGUCCUAGUCCUGGAUUCAAAAAACGCCAUCAUAAUUUUUUUUCGUGGCAUAGCCUGAACAUAACCAGCAGAGGGAGUCAACUUUGUAGUGUUUGAACCAUUAAACCAUUGAUGUGAAGUGUUUAAAACUGUUAUGUGAUGCUCCAUAUUCUUCAGAAGUAAAUGAGAUUACACUUUAUAUCUUUUUAUCUCUUGAUAAUAAAUGUUGUUUGUAUUUCCCUCUUUAAUGUUUCCUGUGAUGUGACAUUAAAUCA